AUGCUUUGUGCCUUUUUUCUCUCUUUCUUCUUCCUUUACCCCAAAAAAUGCCACAAUCAAAAAAAAAUCCUAGUACCAGCAAAAAUUUCUCAUGUCACAUCUGGGGGCCAUUUGCAAGUGAAAAAAGGAUCACCAGUACGACUAGAGUGCUCAGCUACCGGCAAUCCAAUGCCAAACAUCACAUGGACGAGGAAAAAUAAUUUGCUUCCGAAUGGUGAGGAGAAAUUCGUAUCACCGAGCUAUGUGAUUGAAAACAUGGAUCGUCACAAAGGAGGCACAUAUAUUUGCACAGCAAACAACGGAGUUGGUCAAACAGCUUCAAGUCAAAUUUCAUUGCAUGUACUAUAUCCACCUGAAAUAACAUUAGAGCAAGCAACUAUAUAUUCAGGCGAGGGACAGACAGCAGAAUUAAGUUGUAUAAUUCAUGGCGAAACAACACCACAAGUUUCAUGGCUUCGAGAUACAGUUCCAAUUGACCCGCACAAUGAGCAUUUCUCGAUGGAUAAUCGCGGUACACGCUAUACACUAACAGUACGUCGAGUUAGAUCACAGGAUUUUGGAAAUUAUUCGUGCGUUGCGGAUAAUCAAUUAGGAAAAAAUAAAAAGAAUAUUCGAUUAUCGGGAGAACCACGAGCACCAGUUAUACGCUCAAAUGCACAGAGUCAGUGGAGAGAUAAAUAUAAUAUAUCGUGGACGGUUGAUUCUUAUGCUCCGAUCGAGGAAUACAAAUUGUAUUACAAAUUGCUGAGCAACAAUCCACCAAUUGGAUAUGGCAACAAUCAUCUCGACGCACAUCAGAAUUCGGACUCAUAUCCCAAUAAUGCCAAUUAUAUGGAUAAUACUAAUAUUCACAAUCCAUAUGAUUCAUUCUCAUCAUAUUCAAGCUUUUAUAAACGAGCACACAAUACAGAUUGGACGGAUAUUGUUCUACAGCCGUAUCCAUAUACAACUCAUUAUACGCAAGGAAUGAGCUUCAUUAUACGUGAAUUGUUGCCUGAUCAGCAGUAUGAGGCGAAAGUCAUUGCUAGAAAUCGAUACGGAUGGAGUGAGUUUUCAGAACGAUUUGUUUUCAACACGGCACUCAUAGAUACGGAGGCGAGAGAUAUGGAAGUGAAGCAUUACACCAGUGCGACUUCAUCUAUUUUUACAUCUUCAAACGAAUUGAAAUUUCUGCUUAAUUUAAAGUUUAGUUUGUUUGCUCUUCAUUAUACUAGACUUAAUUUAUGUUAAAAGAUGGAGAGGGUGGGGAAUGAAAAACUUUAUCCAUAAACUACGAGAAGCUGCUAUCCUACUCGCUGUGAAUAUGUACAUGUUAGUUUUCUACGGAUAUGAAGGUGGAAAUAAAGCGCAACAAUUUCAUUUUCUCGUCUCUGCUCUUUUUUUAUCUCGUACCCUCGUGUGUUUUAAUCAACAGAAACAGCAAAACUUAAGACCGGGCAAUAUAUAAAGGACAUUAGGGGUUAAAGUUCAUUAUAGCAUCAUUAAUAGCUGAGGGGAAAAAUUUAAUUUUACAUCAAAAAGGUCAUCAAAACAAUCAAUUUUCACCCUCUGGAAUUCUUGAAAUAACUAAAACCCAAUCAGCAUGACAACUUCCAUCGCAUCUCAAUAUUUCAAUUUAAUAGCAGAUCCAUUGUGCUGCUCGGUGAUGAACUCUCCUUUUUUUGUGUGAAAAUUAAACAAUUUAAAGUUUAACGGAGGUGCUUGCUGGCAAACAAAUUUACAUUUUUUUUUACUUUAGUCUAUGAAAUGAGCAAAUAGAAUGAGCUCAUUUGUGAUUGUAAAGCGACGAAGCAUAAACAUUUGUUGAAUUUUAAGACCCUUGGAGGUAUGUUGGAUGUGUUUAUGACUGAGAAAGGAGGUGAUUUUUAAAUGGUUUUGUAAAGUAUGACUGGUAGCCAGAAUAACACUAGCACCUUGCGAUGGUCAAUUAGCGAUUAAAAUGAUCAAAUCUUUGAAACCAAGUUCGAAUCUCACAUAAUAUAAAUGAUUCAACUGCCUUAAGAUGAGCAGUUGUCUGAUUCAGACUAUAGCAACUAACUGAGCUUAGUGUGUCAUCUUUCCGAAUAUUCUGAUCAAAAACUCUUUUUCUCAUCAUGUUGUUAUCCCCCUGGAUUCAACAAAAAAAUCCUCAAAGUAUAAAUCUCCUACAAGGAAUGUAAAAUAAACGAGAACUAAUUAACAGAAAAUGAGAAUAAUAAAAGUUGUUCAGACUCAACAUCAAAAUUAAACAAAUAAUAAAUCCACCAUCCUUAAAACUUUAAUUCACAGCAACUGGGAUAGACAGCAACUCCCACAACUGUAGAAAAAAUAAAUCGAAAAAAAAAAAAUAUUUUGUAAAAAUGAAUAAAAAGAAAAAGAAACUUUUUGAAAUAUCACAGCAAAGAGAUGAUUAAUCCUUUAAAAUUGCCGUCUAUUUGAGGUAACAGAAAAAGUUUUACAUGGAUGUUGUUAUAUAAAAAAAUUAAAUAAAAUUGAUGAGUUUUUUGUUUGUUAUGUGAGGACUUAUAGUUUGACAGGGGUGGUGAUUUUGGUGAUUUAAGGUUUGAAAAAUUGAUGAUUUUUGGUUAAAAUUUGAUUUUUGUAGACAUCAUUGUAAUAGCAGACAUAAGGAAGCUUCAUAGUUGUAGCAUGAUACUGAUAAGGUAUUAGUCAACGAUGAGGGUGCCGCAUGACUGCUAUUAGCUUGAUGUGUUGCUCUUAAGAUGGAGCUAAUAAAUUCAAAUUUCAUCAUAAAUUGUGAAAUAUAUUUUCAAGCUCAAAUCCCAUCCAGCACCUCUGCCAAAUAACUUAACCUUACAAAAUAUUUUGUACAGAAACAUUUCUCCCUAAAAUAAUG